UCCCCGGCCCUCGCUCAAAUCGCACCCUCCCCACUCGCUCGACCGCUGGUCGUCCCCGCUCUGGCUGGCUAUCAGGGCGCGCACGAAGCACAGACGACCGAUGUCCGACACGCCCCUGCCCGUGAGCCCGAUCACCGGCAACUCGUCCGUCCUGCACUCGAGCAAUGGCCCGCCCCUCAUCCUCGUGUUCCUCGCGUCUGGCCUGCUCGUCGGCGCUGUCCUCAGCAUACUCGUCCUGCGGCACAUCUACCCAAGUCGGUUCGGGAGCCGCACGGAUGCCGUCCGUGUGCGCAAACCACCGCGUCCGUUAGGGGAACGUCCGAAACUCUGGGACGUUUAUGUUUGUGACGGCGCACGAGGCGCAGACGUGCAAUGGGAGUCGCUGCUGCCGUUAGCAGCCGCCUUCCUGCCCGACCCUUUGAACGAACAGGUGGACGUGCUUCCUUCGCCAUCACUGCCUGCUCAUCGUCCCCAUCCCUGGUCAUGGGUCGAGUGGUUGCACCGGCGAUUACGGCAUCGUCCCCGCGAAUCUACAGCAGAUGAUUUGGAGCAAACACUACCGCUUGAAGGCGAACGGCCUGCCCCUGAGCGGUUGCAGAUCGCUGUCACAAUCGCCAUGCCCUCGCGGUCAUCGCCCGUGCGCGGAUCAUGGACAUAUCUGGAGAAGGAGAAGGAGGGGGAGACGUCAUUGUCUGACCUCGAAGAAGACCGGGAUCUCUGCAUUGGGCUGGUCGAGGUGCCGGAUGUCCCGCGAUGCUUUGGGACGGAGACGUAGACCGGGUGGCGAUGAUCAUCACGACUUAUCGUAACGAGCGGGGACGACCUUGCACAAACGUAGAUCGCGCACAUAGACGAUUGCAAUGGUAGAGCUACGGGAGAUACAGUGCUGGUUAAGGCGACCAUAAUCUUCCGAACACGCUGCCUCGACCAGGGGCGCCACCGCUUCCCAGAAGCAUACCCAUGCCUUCCUGAAUUGCUACGCUCACCGGC